AUGGCCGACGGUGUAUACACCCUUCAGGAGGUUGCAAAGCAUACCAGCAAGACCGAUCUCUGGGUCGCGUUGUGGAAUCAUGUCUAUAACGUAACAGACUACCAGGAAGACCAUCCAGGUGGCAAGGAGUUUCUACUCGAAAACGCCGGUACCGACGCGACAACGGCAUACGAGGAUAUUAGCCAUUCGACAGAUGCGAGGGAAGUUCUCGAGAACUUUCUCAUCGGGCGCAUCGCAGACGAGGACUGGACCGACCAUGAAGCAGCAAGAAUACCAGAAAUCAAGCCGAGCAGGGUUCAUGUGGUCAACAACCUCCCACUACCGAAGCCGCAUCGGAUUCAGUUGUCUGCCAUAGGUUUUGGCCUGCCAUCUUUAGUGGUAUCAAUAGUUCUUGGUCGAAAACUCUCCCAGCUUCUGAAUCGCUUUCAGGGUGGUGGCUUCUGGAAGGGAUUCGCCGUCUCUUCCCUUGCCAGUAUGUUGUUGGCUGGCUAUGCUAGUCUUUGGGCGACAAAGAGUUUCGAUGUUGCGCACAAAGACUUCCGGUCCUAUCCGGCACACUUCAAAGCGAAAUCUACAUCGAAACCGUCAAAAAAGAAGGAUAUCAAUGUUGGCGUACUGAACGCCAGCGUCUACCAGCCUUUCCCACUCAUUGAGAAGUACAAUGUUUCCCACGACACCAUCCGCUUCGUCUUUGGACUACCCAGCGAAAAUUCCGUCCUUGGUCUCCCAACUGGUCAACACAUUGCCAUCAGACACGAAGUUAAUGGAAAGCAACUCACCCGUUCAUACACGCCAACAUCCAGCAACAAGGACCGAGGCCGCUUAGAGUUGACCGUCAAGAUCUACCCGACCGGAAAGCUAACGCCCUGGCUGAGCAAGUUGAACAUCGGUGACAAGGUGGAAAUCCGAGGACCAAGGGGCGAGAUGAAGUACCACAGGAAUCUAGUCAAAGAGAUGGGUAUGAUCGCAGGCGGUACCGGUAUCACACCCAUGUUCCAGCUUAUCCGACGUAUAUGCGAAGACCCGAGAGAUGAAACCAAGAUCAUGUUGUUAUACGCCAACAAGACUGAGGGCGACAUUUUGUUGAAAGAGGAGCUUAACGCUUUUGCCGCAAAGCAUGAUCAGUUCAAGGUGCACUAUGUUCUUAGCAAUCCAUCCAAGAAGUGGAAGGGCGAGACUGGUCGCAUUAGCAAGCAGAUGAUUGAGGACUAUCUUCCGGCACCAGCCGGUAUGGACAGCAUGGUUCUUGUUUGUGGACCAGAUCUAAUGAUGGAUUCGAUGGUAGCAGCUCUCCAGGAUCGCGGCUUCAAGCCACCAGGCAAAACCUCGAAGCCUCAGGAUCAGAUCUUCAUUUUCCAAUGA